AUGUCUCACGAAAUCUCUCAUCUCAACACCAUCAUCUCCUCCCCCUCCAACCCCCUCCUCUUCCUCCGCACAAUCCAGCCUUCUGACGCCCCAGCCCUUUCAUCCAUUCUCUCUUCGCCGUCAAAUAAAUCUGAUCCUCAUGGCAAGGAUAUCGACAUCCCAACUGCACAACUAAGCAUCUCCCGUAUGAGGGAAUCAGCAAGCCAGCCUACCAUCCUCGACGCACAAGGAAAUGUCAUUAGCGGACCAAGCCGCGUGAACAUGAUGCUGGUGCUCAAAUCAGAAGAUGGAAAUGGACAGCCUACCGAGACCGUGAUUGGUCUGGGGGGCUUCGGAGCGAUCAAAGACUGGGAGCGGGGCGGCAAGAAGAUUCGGGCUGGCGAUGUGGGAGUGAUGAUGGAUCCGGCAUACAAGCGCAAAGGCUACGGUGUGGAAGCAAUGAAGAUGGCGACAAGCUGGGCAUUUAUGUCGGCUGAUGAGGGAGGCCCUCAACUUGAUUUGGUUACCAUCACGACGCUGGAAGAUAAUGAGGCGAUGCUAAAGCUUUUAAAUGAGAAGUUUGGACUGGAAGGGAAGGGGAUUUCAAGACCUGCAGAGUUUGACGCAGACAAAAACGAGAUGUACUACGAGCUCUCAAAAGAGGAUUGGAUAGGAAUUAACGGCAACUGA